UUGGUUAAUUAGGAUUAUAGGACUAAAUGUCUAUGGUGAUUCUCAAUCAUCAGGUCAUGAUGAUCAAAUGUGCUUUUUGAAGAGGCAACUGGACGAGAAAGUAUAAAAAUCUACUGGGUUAAGAUGCUGGCACAAUAAUUUAAGAAUUUUAACUUGCCUACAUUAGGGACAUAGGAAAAGCACCAUUAAGGCCAAGUAUACUUGUAAACAGUAUUAAUUCUGCAAAAGGGUGGAAUUUUCUCUAGUAAGGAAACUGUGGUAGCAACAGUGAGAAAAUGUGGGAGUACCACAGAUGCAUGCCAGUAUCAUGUGGUUCUUCCAUAAAAUGUGAGUGACUGAAUCAUAGCAAUUUCAUAACAACAGCUCACAUGAAACCCCUGCCCCCUGUGUUUCUUACUAAGCCUCUUUCAUUUUUAUGGAAUCAUUCCCCACCUAUUUGGACCAUUUCUUUUCCUUCCAUUAUUUUUUUGAAUCAUUGUGCUUAUUUGGCUUGGGAACUGUAAGGCCGGUGUGAACAUUCAGUUUGGUGUUAUUUUGACGAAGUGGAUUGAGAUCUGAUCAGAGAAUUUUGCAAUGGCACAGCAAACUAGCCUCAAGGAUGAGGGGGAGGGGGGAAACGACCUUGGGCCUCAUGUUAUCAUGAGGUACAACCAGACAGUCCAGUAAGGGGAAGGCUGAAGAUUAGUUUUGCCCUUAACUUGCCUAUAUAAGGAGACUUUCAAAGGUUUACUUUGCUUUCACUCUUCCGUUUUGCACUGCUUCUGCAGGUGAAACCAUGCCUACUACUUUUUCCACCCACAGCAUGUGCUCUGGAAGCAUGCAAGGACCCAGGGGAAGACGCCUGCUUGCCUUAAGCAGUUCUCAGGCAGUGCCAAGUAUCCACAGGGCUAGAGGGGACAUGGCUAAACUGUCAUAUGGUGAUGGGCAGGCAUUUAUGGACACAAAUAUUCUGCACAUGAAUGAAAAGGGCACCAUGAAAAAUCUGAAUGACCGCCUGGCUGCCUACCUAGACAAAGUGCUGUCCCUUGAAAAAUCUAACAUGCAACUGGAGCAGAACAUCCAAGAGUACUACACAAAACAAGCAUCAACUGGUACCCCUGAUAUGAGUGCUUAUUUCAAUGCGAUGACCCAGCUAAAGUCUGAGAUUCAGGAGGAGACUUUGAAAAAUGCUGGACUGCUCUUACAGAUUGAUAAUGCCAGACUUGCUUCUGAUGAUUUCAGGGUGAAGCUGGAAUCUGAAGUAGGCAUGCGCCUGUCUGUGGAGGGAGACCUUGGGGGUUUGCGUAAGACCCUAGAAGAAUUGAAUGCAAGUCGAGCUAGUUUGCAGGUUCAAGCUGAAAAUCUCCAAGAAGAGUUGGCCUGUCUCAAAAGAAACCACAAGGAGGAGAUGGCUCCUCUCCAGGGGCAUCUGGGGGCCACUGUCAAUGUGAAAGUUGACUCCAUGCCUGGCAUUGAUUUACAAAAAACUCUGAAUGAGAUCCGUGACCAGUAUGAGGGCGUCAUGGAGAAGAACCGCGAGGAAGCGGAAGCUUUGCACCAAUCCCAGUGCGAUGCACUCAAUCGGGAGGUUUCUGUCAGCACUGAAGCUCUACAGAGUGCUCAGAUGAAGAUGGUGGAGCUGAAGCGGCUGACCCAGGCUUUGGAGAUUGAGCUGCAAUCUCUUUGGAGCAUGAAAGGAGCUCUUGAGGGGACCCUGGCUGAGGUGCAAUCCCAUUAUGGGUUGGAGUUGUCACAGUUACGUAACCUUGUGGCUGCCCGGGAGGCAGAGCUGCUGCAACUGAAGUCGGAUGCCCAGAACCAAGAUGAGGAUUACAAGCGACUGAUGGAUAUUAAAAACAGACUGAAACAGGAGAUAGCAACCUACCACUGUCUUCUUGAAGGGUUUGAACCACCGACUUCUCCAGAACCUUUGGUAAGCCGAUGGGAGAAGAUGAUCAUUGAAGAACGGGUGGAUGGCAAGGUGGUGUCAUCCCGUGUGGAGGAGCACCAGCUUUGAAAGAUGCUGCCUUCCCUCUAGCAAUGUUGGCAGCACAGUGAUGAUGGCGGUGAUGAGGAAGAGGGGAAGAGAAUAGAAGCUCUGGAUGAGGUUUUUUUUUGUUGGCCUGCAAAUAGAUGAGACUUUCAUUUUUUUUGCCUAGGUAUCUGUUGAUUGUGACUUUUGGAAUUAUUUGAAGUCUUUAAAUUUUAAUUUCCACACCCUCCCUCGGAUUCUGUUGCAUAAUCUGCUAACUAUGUCUUGGAUCACACUAAAAACCACAAUGCACCAUGACGUGCCUUCUUAUGAUGGCACUGAAAAAAUUGAUCAAUGAUCAUUUUUUCACUCUUAUGACCAGGGGUGGGUUCCAGCCACCAUUACUACACGUUCGGUAGUAAAAAGAAUUUCUCCGGGCGCGUACGCAUUUUCAUUUAAAAUGAUUUGUGCAUGCGCACACCAUUAAAAAUUACAUUUUUAAAAUGAAGAUUGUUCUGAGCAUGUGCAGAACAGAAAAUCAAGAUGGCACCGCCGAUCAUAGAACUGGUAUGGUUACGUGUCCACUGGGGUUACUACCUAUUUGCCAAACUGGACCGAAUUGGUAGGAACCCACCUCUGCUUAUGACCCUUACAGCAUCACCAUGGUCACAUGAUAAAAAAAUUAGACCCUUGGAAGCUACUUAUGUUUAUGAUGGUUGCAGUGUUCUGGGGUCAUGUGAUCAUCUUUUGUGACCUUCUGAGGUC